UUCAACUGCGAUACGCGUAUGUCGAGUAUUUUCGAGUUUGUACGUUUCUUCUCGUGUCCAAUUAAAUAUUUCCAAUAAUCAAGGUCAUGGUGAAUUAUUCAUAUUAUUACGUCAAGACCAUCGGUGACGAUAGCGAUAAUGCAAAGACAUAUAAAUUUAUAAAGGGAAACACUAAACUACAGGAAACACCUAAAGAUGUCUGGUCGACUAUCGGAAGAUACGGCCUUCGUUCGAGAUUACUUAGAGGAGGACUUUCCGGUUCUGGAGACGUUUAUCAUCCUGCCAAUGUUACUUUCAAGGUCCGCCAUCAUCGAUUUUUCCUAGUAUCGAACUCACCGAAGAAAAUGGCUGGGUAGAAUUAAGCUGUUUUCACUAAAAACAAAUUGUCUUCAUUCCUUUGCGAAUAAUACACUUUUGCUAUCUUUA